UCGAGAUCUCUCUCUGUUCUGUCUCUUCUCUGAGGUCCCCCCAGUCUUCUCUUGUCGUUAUCUUCAAAUGCAACUUCACCUGAAACCGAAACCGAAUCAUUCCUUCUUCAUCGCCUCUUCCUCCUCCUUACCUCGCGCGUCGACGAUGGCGUCGACUUCUUUGGGACCUCCGACUCUAAUCUCUCACUGCUCUUCUUCUCGUAAAGUUCCUAAAUUUCGGUUCAGAUUAGUUUCGGGUCACGAUGGAUUUGGUCGCCGAGUUCGAUUCCCUUCAUUAAGGCGAUUUCGGAUUCACUGCGUUUCCAAGGAAAAGGAAGUGUGUAUCCUCGAAAGCUCGUCACCGUCAGGAGAUGCUGCUCUGCGCUCUAACGAAUGGAAGGCUGUUCCUGAUAUUUGGAGAUCAUCUGCAGAAAAGUAUGGUGAUAAAGUUGCAUUGAUAGAUCCAUAUCAUGACCCACCUCUGAAAUUGACGUACAAGCAGUUGGAACAAGAGAUUCUGGACUUUGCUGAGGGCUUACGAGUAGUUGGAGUGAAAGCAGAUGAGAAGAUUGCACUUUUUGCUGAUAACUCCUGCCGAUGGCUUGUUUCGGAUCAAGGUAUAAUGGCCACAGGAGCAGUCAAUGUUGUCAGAGGAUCUAGAUCAUCCGUUGAAGAGUUACUGCAGAUAUACCGUCAUUCUGAAAGUGUAGCCCUUGUUGUGGAUAAUCUUGAGUUUUUCAACCGCAUUGCUGACACAUUUACUUCCAAGGCAUCUCUGAGAUUUUUGAUACUUCUCUGGGGUGAGAAGUCAUCAUUGGCUACGCAAGGGAUGCAGAUUCCAGUUUACACUUACACAGAAAUUCAAAACCUAGGACAGGAGAGACGUGCGAAACUCUCAGGAUCUAAUGAUACCAGGAAAUCUGUAUAUGACUCCAUUAAUUCAGAUGAUACAGCUGCGAUUAUGUAUACAAGUGGUACCACGGGAAAUCCUAAAGGCGUUAUGCUUACACAUCGGAAUCUCUUACACCAGAUAAAACAUUUAUCGGCAUAUGUACCUGCUCAAGCCGGCGAUAGAUUUCUAAGCAUGCUGCCAUCAUGGCAUGCCUAUGAACGUGCUUGUGAAUACUUCAUAUUCACAUGUGGUGUUGAGCAAAUGUAUACGUCUAUAAGAUUUUUAAAGGAUGAUUUAAAGCGGUAUCAACCACACUAUCUUAUUUCCGUUCCGUUAGUAUAUGAGACACUUUACAGUGGGAUUCAAAAGCAAAUUUCCACAAGUUCUGCUGCUCGUAAAUUCCUAGCACUUACAUUGAUCAAAAUCAGCCUGGUAUAUAUGGAGAUGAAGAGGAUCUAUGAGGGUAUGUGUUUGACAAAAGAACAAAAGCCUCCAAUGUAUAUUGUUUCUUUGGUGGAUUAUUUGCGGGCAAGAGUAGUUGCUGCCUUAUUGUGGCCAUUGCAUAUGCUUGCUAAAAGCCUAAUCUACAAGAAAAUUCAUUCUUCUAUUGGGAUAUCAAAGGCUGGUAUUAGCGGAGGUGGUAGUUUACCCAUUCAUAUUGACAAGUUUUUUGAGGCCAUUGGUGUGAUUCUACAAAAUGGUUAUGGGUUGACAGAGACCUCGCCGGUUGUCUGUGCUCGGACACUUAGCUGUAAUGUUCUUGGCUCAGCUGGGCAUCCAAUGCAUGGUACAGAGUUCAAAAUUGUAGAUCCGGAGACUAAUAAUGUUCUCCCUCCUGGUUCAAAGGGCAUUGUCAAAGUCAGAGGCCCACAGAUAAUGAAAGGUUAUUAUAAGAAUCCAUCAACCACCAAACAAGUUCUAAACGAGAGUGGAUGGUUCAAUACAGGAGACACGGGUUGGAUCGCUCCUCAUCACUCAACAGGAAGGAGUCGCCGUUGUGGAGGUCUUAUCGUUCUUGAAGGCCGUGCCAAAGACACAAUUGUACUCUCUACAGGUGAAAACGUGGAACCAUUGGAGAUUGAAGAAGCUGCCAUGAGAAGCAGAUUGAUUGAACAAAUCGUUGUUAUUGGACAGGAUCAACGUCGUCUUGGAGCUAUCAUUAUCCCAAACAAAGAGGAAGCAGAGAAAGUAGAUCCUGAAACAUCCAAACAGAGCAAAGAAAAGCUAAAGAGCUUAGUUUAUCAAGAACUGAGGAAAUGGACAUCAGAAUGCUCGUUCCAAGUCGGACCGGUCUUGAUCGUGGAAGAGCCCUUCACGAUAGACAAUGGCUUAAUGACACCAACGAUGAAGAUUAGAAGGGACAAGGUUGUGGCUAAGUACAAAGACGAGAUUAAUCAACUUUACAAUUAACAACAUUUUGAUUAGUCUUGUUCCUACUUUUGAUGUAGUUAUUAAUUAAACAAUAAAAUCAUCUACUCUAUAAAGAAAAUGUACAAAAACAAAUCAAUAAUUGAACAUGUUAUAAAGCUUGUAGAUUUUAUAUUAUUUCUAA